UGGCAUUGCACCUGGGCACAGGCAACAAACAACACAAACAAACUUCCCGUGUUCAGCGUCAAAAAAUCAAUAAUUGACAUCUUGACUUCACAACAGCAGCAGCAGAAGCAGAAACAGCAGCCCGUAGAGAAAGUUGCGGAAGUUGUGCCGAAAAAAAAAGAAAAAGAAUAACAUAAUAUAUAACACACCCUUAAGAAUGAAAUUAGAAAUUCCAUUUGCAAGAUUCUUUGGCGUAGAGGAAAACAUUUGUCAUCAUUUAUGUGAUGUUUCGUGUGUAAUAUUUGAUAUAUUUUUGUACUCUGAACACAGCACAGAACAGCACAGAGCAGCGUUAACUAAAUUUAGCAAUAACCAACAGCAACAACAAAACGGAGGCGUAUUAAGAACGAAUAUGAACAUGAACAAAAUGUACAAAAACUGUCGCCAACUGCACGCAAAAUUCACCGCGUAGCAGACUGAAAUAUUAUUGAACACAACAACAAAACAUGAAUGGGAAAUAUAUCAAAAGAAAUAAAAAUAGCAAAUACUCGUAAUAACUAAUAAAUAAAGUAAAGAAAAAACGUAAAGAAAAGAACAGAAAAGAACCGUUCCUAUGCAUUUGGCCUUGUGUCUUAAAUGAAAUUGAACAAGAGCAACGCAAAUUGUCGCGUACGGCGAUAUUUGCUCAUCUUUACGGCAUUAUCGCUGCUAUUGCUGCCACUAUCGUUGAUCUACUUGGUAUGGAAUGAGCAGCUGCAGAAGAUUAAGGGAUACGAGGCCUUUAAUGCGCAACAGCAGCAGCAAGAGCAACAACAGCAGCAACAACAACAGCAACCGCUGUCGGUGGGUCAAACAUUUCGUUAUCCUGUGCUGCUGCUGAACAAAAACAAAAACAAGGAGUUGACUGUGGUCGCAACGGGCAAGACUAAGAAUAAGUGGCGCUAUGUUGAUAAAAUUAACAAUGAAACAGGACUUCCGCUUAUACCCGACUAUGCAGUGCAGACGCUUUCACAGGACGAAAUGCAGGAAAUGUCUGUGCGCAUGGAAGAACGACUUGAUAGACUGAAGGACAAGUGCUCGGAGUACGGUUUGGAUGUGUUGGGUCAUGAUUCGUGGCAUACACCCAACACGUGGGAGUUUUUAGUGAAUAAAAAGUAUCAUAUUAUAUGGUGCAAUGUCUUUAAGGCAGCAUCAUCGUCCUGGAUGUUCAAUUUCAAUGUGCUGGCUGGUUACACGCCGAACUAUUUGCAUAAGACCAAAAAGAUUCUGCUGAACUUGGCCAGAGAGCGUUAUCCACGAGUGACACUUCAAGAGCUGCGCGAGGCACAAAAUGAUUCAAUUACAUUUAUCAUAGCUAGGAAUCCCUUCGAGAGACUGUUGAGCGCCUAUCGAGAUAAAAUUGUAUUCGCUCUACCUUAUUCCUUUCACGAUAAGCUGGGACGCAGCAUUGUGCGCACCUAUCGCAAAAAGCCAAAGCUGGUGGCACGUUCCGGCAACACAAAGUAUCCGUCAUUUCCUGAAUUCGUCCACUGGCUGCUCGACCAGGUGAAGCGUGGCAACUACAUCGACAUGCACUUUGUGUCGGCGACAUCAUUUUGCACUCCCUGCCUGAUUCGCUUUGAUAUGAUACUCAAGUUCGAAUCGCUGGCAGAGGAUCAACUAUAUCUAAUCGAAAAGACUGGCCUCAAGCGUGUCAUUGCCCCGGUGUGGCGCAACAUGGGCAAAGGAGGCAGAAAAACGCAGGAGCUGCAACAGCAAUUCUAUUCACAGCUGACCAGAAAGGAGAUGAUGGCGCUGUAUGAAUAUUAUCAAUUCGACUUUGAUCUGUUCGGCUAUGACAUUAAAGAAUAUUUGAAGUAUGCUCGAGCAGAUGCAUUGGAAGAUGCCGCCGCAUCGGUGGCGUAGUAACUAAGCUAACUAACUCUAUAGCUAAGCUUAAACUUAAACUUACAAAUUCAUAGAAUUUAGCGAAAUGAAAUCUUAGACACAAUACAUAUGAACUAAUUAGCCGUCACAGUACGUAAAUUGCAAAUGUUGAUAAUAAUGAAUGAAACAAUAAUAAAGUUAAAGAGAGAAAAGUAAUGAAGAAAUGA